CUCACACCGAAGAAGAGAAGGCUACCAUGGAUCUUGUCUUGGUCCUGGUGCUCAGUCUGUCCUGUCUACUUCUUUUUUCACUAUGGAGAGGGAGAGGGAGAGGGAAACUCCCUCCUGGCCCCACUCCUCUCCCACUUGUUGGAAAUAUCUUUCAGAUAGAUGUGAAGGACAUCAGCAAAUCCUUAACAAAUUUCUCGAAAGUCUACGGCCCCGUGUUCACUCUGUAUUUUGGUCCGAAGCCCACUGUGGUGGUACAUGGAUAUGAAGCAGUAAAGGAAGUCUUGGAUGACCUCGGAGAGGAAUUUUCUGGAAGGGGUAGCUUCGCAAUUGUUGAAAGAACGAAUAACGGUCUUGGGCUCAUUUUCAGCAAUGGAACAAAAUGGAAGGAGCUCCGGCGUUUUUCACUUAUGACCCUGAGGAAUUUUGGGAUGGGGAAGAGGAGCAUUGAAGAUCGAAUUCAAGAGGAGGCAUGCUGUCUUGUGGAAGAGUUAAGAAAAACAAACGGCUCACUCUGUGAUCCCACGUUCAUCCUAAGCUGUGCUCCUGCCAAUGUGAUCUGCUCAGUUAUUUUUCACAAUCGUUUUGAUUACAAAGACAAGAAUUUUCUCAACUUGAUGGAGAAAUUCAAUGAAAACUUUAAAAUUUUGAACUCCCCAUGGAUGCAGGUGAGACAAAGAUAUCUCUUCACAAUGAUUCAUUCACGUUUAUUUCUCUAACAGAUAAAAUUUUUU